AUGGAAGAAAAUGCAGUCCCAGAAGCGCUUGACGACUUGCCCAAUAGAGAGUCAUCUAAUGAUCCUUCACAGCAAUUUCCAUUAGUCGAAGACUUAAUACAUGCCGAAGGCGUUAAUGAGCUCCCUGCUGAUCAAUCCUUAUCUAUGGAACUCUCUCAUUUAUCUAAACGUAAACGACACCGACGAGGUAGGAGGAAAGUUAAUAUGGAAAUAAAAAAUGAGGACGUUGAAGAGUACGUGGAGCCAUUCGAGGCUGUCCAUCGGCCUUUUCACCGUGUCGUUUUUGAUGACGAUGGAAACGCCUGUGAAGUGGUUUUACGAUCAGACAACGCGUGUAAGGUUAAUCGAAGGCACCAGAAGCGACUGGCCACGAGCAGCUACAAAUGGAACAUUGUUCAGUCGGAUACUGGGGCUAGCGUGUUGGCAAAAAAAAGAAAAAUUUCCGAUUCCUUAAGUCACACAACUAGCCAACCUGAAGUUAGGAAUCUUGAUGUGCGAAUACACAGUCUUCCUAAUGAUUACGAGACGGUAUUCAAGUACUGGUACACGACCCUUGCGUGGAUGGACAAAGAAGCUAUCAACCUUAUGCUAACCCCACCAGUUGAUGUUAAUGAAACCAAUGGCUGCGAGGAGAGUUACGAUGCUACGUCCGACGUGGAAUUAAACUCGAGGCAGGUCAUGAAUAAUGACGUGAAAGAUUCACCUACUGGCGAAUGCGAGAGUCCCAACGAGGAAAAGGAAGCGCAAAUUGACAACCAGAAGGAGGAUACUGUUGGCAUUGGAAUACAAGACAACGGUGCAACAGGUUUUACGAAAGAACAAACUUAG